AUGGCAAAUCACAAUUUCUAUAACAUAGUAAAUGCAAGCGUUGAACCUCUAAUGGUAAUUCUUUCAACAAUAAACCGUGUAAGCAAAAUAGAAGUCUGCAGACACGAGCUUUCAUUGGAGAAAUUACAAGAAAAAGAAUUGAUUGUUCAGCGCAAAAAUAAAGAUCGAAAGCCAGUCAACCCAUCUUUUUUAUAUAGAAUGACUUGUGCAAAAUCUAAAAAGAUAAAUAGUCGUGAUUGGUGCUGUGAUAAACAAGAUUGCAUUUUAAAUACAAACAGUACAUCAACAAUAUUGAAAAACACUUGGUCAAAACUCCCCGAAGACUUCCGAAAAGUUUUCAAAGAACUUUAUAAAACUCUAAAGGAAGAACGUUCGAGACCACAGGCGGACUAUGUAUUUAUAUCUGAAGAUCCAAUAUUAAGAAGUACAUUCAAUUCGCAAGAUUGGACUCUUAUUGACGAUUACACUACUGCUCCUACAAAUUAUUUGGGCGACUUGAGUUCUCACAGUAACUCACCUAAUAUUAUCGCAACUACAAAUGAUUUGGGUGGCGUAUCCUUUAGUUUAGAUGAUCCGCAGGCGGCUCUCAAUUUCUCAAAUAUCGACUUGAUCCAGGGUGACGUUUCCACUAAUUUGAAUAGUCCACAUCCAUUUAUCAAUUCGUCCUCUUAUGGUAAUUCAAAUACCAUCGUAACUACAGGUACAAGCAAUAAUUUGUCAAUUGGUCCAGGUAGCGCACCAUUUAAUCCAGAUGAUCCACAGUCGGUUCUCAGCCUGCAAGAUAGUGAUUUGUUAAUUGACCCGCGUCAUGUGUCCUCUAAUUUAAAUCUACAGUCGGUCAUCAAUUUGCAAAAUUCGUCGAAUAUUGCCGCGAAUAUGCAAAUGUACAAUAAUCAUUCGUCGUAUCAUUCGAUUGAUUUAGAUGAUUUUCAGACGACUUUCAAUUUGCAAAAUGUCGACUCGACCUCUCACGGUAGCUCGUUUAAUACGUUUAUUGACGCAUCCUUUAAUAUUCUACAAUCAUCACCCAAUUUGCAAUAUAACGAUAGCGAUUUGUUCCCUUACAUUAAUUCUCCUAAUACCCUACCUACACAUACAAACAAUAAUUACGGACCGGAUAACGCACCCACAAGUCUAGAUGGUCUACAGUCGGUCUUCGAUUUGCAAAAUAUCGAUUGGUCCCCUCACAGUAAUUCAUAG